AUGAUUAUGGUAUCUCUUCCUUUUGUGUUCUUCUGCUUAGUUCUUGGUUUUGGUUUUUAUUUCUUUGGAAGUGCUAGAGGAAGACGUGGUGUAUACACAAACCCUCAAGUUUAUGGUAUGCCAAUUCCACCACGAGGCACUGCAAUUGCAAAUAGUACCUUCCCUUAAUCUUCUUC